AUGGUUAAGCCAGAUCUUAAAGAUUGGUCUUACAGACUGAACGAUGCUUUGUUGGCUUACCGAAUAGCUUUUAAGACUCUGAUUGGCAUGUCACCUUACCGUAUUGUCUAUGGUAAAGGUUAUACUCUUCCGGUAGAGCUAGAGCACAAAGCCCUUUGGGCUAUUAAAAAACUUAAUUUUGAUUUGAACUUUGCUGGCUCUAAUCGAAAGCUUCAACUUUCUAAACUGAAGAAUUGUAUUAGGUCACGUUGGGAGGGUCCAUACAUGGCUACUUCUGUUGAGCCCCAUGGCGCGGUAGAGUUACAGGAUUCUAAUACUGGAGAGUUAUGGAAAGUUAAUGGACAGAGACUGAAACCCUACAUAGAGGGUAGUGUGUAG